UCUUUAGAUGGGAGAGCCCAAAGGCCCGUCAGCCCUCGUGGGUCUGGGACGGAUCCUGGUCACGUUAGCUGUUUGCUGACGUUUGCCUCAGUGUGUGUUUACAUGUGUCAACAGCUUGUUCUGCUGUCUGUCUGACAGUUUUGCCAACAUUGCUUUUGGUUUAUUGUACGGGGAAAAUCAGAAUUUGCUCAUGUAAAUAAUUCAUGUGUCAUUGGAGUCGUUUUUGAAGGCACUUACCUGUCUUGUUUUUGGGAGUAUCACGUGGUUUUUAAACAUAACUUCAGUUGACAUAUUAGCAUGUAAAAAAAAAUUAAAGGACCAAGAACAGAACCCUGAGGAACCCCACAGGUGUUCCAGGUGUCUGUGGGGACGUUCAGCAUGGCGGUAGGCCUGCAGGUUGUGGGUCUGCUUCUGGGCGUGGUGUCCUGGUGUCUGCAGUCCAGCUGCACCUCCUCUCAGGUGUGGAAGGUGAAGAGUCAGAUGGAGUCGGUCACCACCAGUCAGUGGCAGUUUGAAGGUCUGUGGAUGAGCUGCGCUGCCACCUCGCUGGGGUCCAUUCAGUGCAGCAGGUUCAAGACGGUGCUGGGACUGCCGGCUCACCUGCAGGCCUGCAGGGCCCUGAUGAUCCUGUCCCUGCUGGUUGGUCUGGCCUCCAUCAUCGUCUCUGUGCUGGGACUCAAGUGCACCAAGAUUGGCAGAACCUCGGAGCGCGUCAAAGACCAGAUCGCCCUGGCCGGAGGAAUCCUGUUCGUCCUGUCCGGCGUCUUCACUCUGAUUGCAGUCUCCUGGUACGCUGCCAAAGUCAUCAAUGAAUUCUACGACCCACUUUACGGAGGAGUCAGGUUUGAGUUGGGUGCUGGUCUCUAUCUGGGGUGGGCAGCCUCCUGUUUGGCCAUACUGGGAGGAUCUAUGCUCUGCUGCUCCUGCAGGAAGACUUCCCUCGCCCCCCCUGCUCGGCAGUUUUCAUACAACUUCACCACGACGAGCCGAGGACAGAACAUCUACAGAGCAGCUCCGGCCUCAGACAGCCGCAGCUCCACUAAAGCUUACGUCUGAAGCUCCUCGAUGCUGCCGCUUCCUGUCUGAUCAACUGCUGUCCCGCAGCAGCAUCGCGGUGUAAUUCAUCCUGCGUCCUCUGAACUUUGUUUUCCCAAAAUUAAAAGUAUGCUGUUAAGUUUUUUUUAACUAAAGGAUUUUACUGUGAAGGCACUCAUUCUUUGAUGUAUGUUUAAAUACUUUGUACUGUUGACUGUCAUCGUCUACCAAACACAAAAAUGAAAACCGGACUUUCUUCAGGCCAGAGUUCAAAACAUUUCCAGAACUUUCCAAACCACCCAGGUUGAUUAACCUGCGUCACAAGUUCCUUUUUGACAUGUUGUAAAUAAAUGUUUCCUGAAGCUCUAGUUCCACCAACAGAAACGUCUGACCACAGAUCAGCCUUUUCCUCUUGAAAGAUUGCUCUUAUAUUAGCUUUGUUACCUGGAAACCUUCACAGGUUUUGUUUUAUUGUUGUAUCUGAAUCCAGAAUUGAGUCCACCUCCCAAAUGUAAACCCUUUUGUCAUUCUCACUGUGUGAUCAGUUGACCAGUCGUGCAAACGCUGGCAGCAGGAAUACCAUAUUGUAUUAUAUGCUAAUAAUUGUUGUUAUCGUUGUUGUAUUGAUGUCCAUGAAGGAGCCGCUCGUAGAGCUCAGUGUGACACCACGCUGUCCGGUUGGUGCUCGUGAAAUGUUUGACUGUAUGGAGAUUUAUGGAUUCUAACAUGUAACACAAUGAAGAGCUGACAUCAUGACUUUAGUUCGUCUUCCUUUGCUGGCUGCUUUUCAGCUCGCUGGUGGGCGGAGCUGAGGCCUCGUCAGGUGCAGCACACCUGGGCAGGCGGCACUUGGGAAGCUGUAAAUCAGACAGGCAGGAUUUUGUCUUCCUCCUUCCUUAAGCUGCCGACUGACACUGCAUACGUGCUGACUCAUUGUUCUGUUUCAUUAAUUUAAGUCAUUAAAACGUUUGACUGUG